AUGACCUCACGGCCACGUGAGGCGACCGUCCACCAGCGCGGCACGUUCGCGUUCCUCGCCGGCACCGGCCACAAGCGCUCCGUGCACGCCGCUCCAUCCACGUGCGCGUUGCAUCCGGCCAGGGGACCCGGCCGCUGCAGCCCACGCAGACGCGGCUGCGCGCAGCGCACUGCAUUUCCUCACCGCGCGUCUGCUUCAUUCGCGCUCGAACCCACGGCGCGGCCGCUGGCCGCAGCGCCACGUGCACCGCCCCACGCGUGCCGCGCCGCGCCGCGCCGCGCCGCCCGCAGCAACUUCAUUUCUGACCUGAAUCUCGCCCGCAGCAACGUCGACGCCAUCCGAAGCACCCCCCUUCAAACCAUCAGUCGACCCAACCCCACGUGA